CACCUCGACGCUGCAGUCGUGAGUGGUGUGAAAUCAUGGUGGCUACCGCUGUUCGCCGAGCUCUGCAUUUUGUAUUCAAAGUGGGAAACCGCUUCCAGACCGCACGUUUCUACCGUGAUAUCCUGGGAAUGAAGAUUCUACGGCAUGAAGAAUUUGAAGAAGGCUGCAAAGCUGCCUGUAAUGGACCUUAUGAUGGGAAGUGGAGUAAAACAAUGGUGGGAUUUGGACCUGAGGAUGAUCAUUUUGUUGCAGAACUGACUUACAAUUAUGGCAUUGGAGAGUACAAGCUUGGCAAUGACUUCAUGGGUAUCACGCUCGCUUCUAGCCAGGCUGUCAGCAACGCCAGAAGGUUGGAAUGGCCACUGAGUGAAGUUGCAGAAGGUGUUUUUGAAACUGAGGCCCCAGGAGGAUAUAAGUUCUAUUUACAGAACUGCAGUUCACCUCAGUCAGAUCCUGUAUUAAAAGUAACUCUAGCAGUGUCUGAUCUUCAGAAGUCCUUGAACUAUUGGUCUAAUCUACUGGGAAUGAAAAUUUAUGAAAAAGAUGAAGAGAAGCAAAGGGCUUUGCUGGGCUAUGCUGAUAACCAGUGUAAACUGGAGCUACAGGGCAUCAAGAGUGCAGUUGACCAUGCAGCAGCUUUUGGGAGAAUUGCCUUUUCUUGCCCCCAAAAAGAGUUGCCAGACUUAGAAGACUUGAUGAAAAGGGAGAACCAGAGGAUCCUGACUCCCCUGGUGAGUCUGGAUACCCCAGGGAAAGCAACAGUCCAAGUGGUCAUUCUGGCUGACCCGGAUGGACAUGAAAUUUGCUUUGUGGGAGAUGAAGCAUUUCGAGAACUUUCUAAGAUGGAUCCAGAGGGAAGCAAAUUGUUAGAUGACGCAAUGGCAGCAGAUAAAAGCGACGAAUGGUUUGCUAAACAUAAUAAACUAAAAGCUUCGGGUUAACUGAAGACGACAUCAUGUGGGACAAGUAUUUGGGAUUCCUGUUAGCCCCUGUGAGACCUGAUGUGUCCGUUCAUGUUAAAUACUCUCACACUUGGUUGUUUCUUGUACCAACAAGGAGGUUAAAGUAAAGAUUUGUGUAUUUCAGUCAUUGAAAGCUCUGAUAUACUUUAAGGUAGUAACAAAUUAUUUCCAUCCUGUAAUCAGGUGGACAUUACCUUUGGUUGGGGAUGCGGGAAUUUUGACAAGCACAUAGAUUCUUUUAGAACUGUUCAGAUAAACACAGAUUAGUUGCCUGAUGGGAGAUGCUAAUGGUAAUACAGAAUACCUGAUGGUAAUAUGCUAUUCUAAUGUCUUACUCUGAUACAACUUGACAUUUAAAUUUUUUUAAAUAAAUUUUGUUCUUGAACCAAAAGAUUUGGUAAACCCCCAUUCCUGGAUUUAAAAUGGUGUAUAGCCAGAGAAAACAGACAAAAGGCUCUAUGUUGUUACAUAUACACCUAGUUUUAUAUUUUCAGUCUUCACAAUGACAGAUUGUUAGAUUUCUUAAAAAUGGAUUAGAAAUAUCUUCCAAAAUGAGAAAAAGUUUUUUUUUGUUGUUUGUUUUUUGUUUUUAGUUUUCUGUUUGGUUCCAGAGAACAAAUAAAUUUUAAUCACUAGAAACAGAAUUAAGUGUAUUCCUAUAUAAUUUUUUUGAAGUCAGGCUGUUAUACCAGUAUGUCUCAUUACUUAAAGUGGUGACCAAGUUCACAUUUUAGGAAAGAAACUGAGAUUAGAAAGGAUUAGGUCAGGAUACCAUUCUGGAAUAACAUAUAUGGAAUUACUUAUAAAUCAGAGUCUGCUAUUCUCUUGCUGACAGGGUAGCAUAUGGAAAUUUCACGAUGAGUUUCAGCGUACCUUCACUGAGAAAAAAAUUCAUGUCAGCACUAUAGCACUGUCACUCACCUUAAAUUCGCCAAAGGAAGCAAUCAUGUUUUAGAACAAACUAAGUUACUUAUGUUCCUCUUUUACACGUGGGAAAAUUUUAAGAAUUUUGAAUAAUCAAACUUCUCUGUGUCUUUUAGGCUAUUAAUUCUCAAGUCUAGUAUUAGAUUAAGUAAUUUUGAGGGUUUAAGGGGUAGAGCAUUUUGACUGUAGAUUAUUAAGUAAUUCUUAAUUUUUAUCUGUAAUAGUGUUUUAGUGAAAAGAAACUACUUUCCCAGUAUAUUAGGUUACUGUUAUGUGGCCUGUUAAGUUUGUUACAGUAAAUAAGUGGCUUAUAUAUAAGUACUAAAUGAUCUUAAUACAAGAUCCCUCUUUUUUUUUUUUUUAAGAUUUACUUUACUUAUACAUACCAGGGGUAUGUAUGAGGGGUACA